AUGGACGGCGAUCUGUGGGAUAAAGUUCUACAGCGUGAUAACGAAUAUAGAAGGCAGUUCAUUGACCAAGUGGUUUCUACUGCAUUGCCCGAAAGCAAGAGUCCUGAGCAAGUUUCUGCUGCUGUUAAGGCUUUCAUGACAGCUGACCUCCCUCAUGAACCGAUCGAACUUCUUGCCUUCAGAAUUCCGCGUUCAGUGGAAACUUCAAUCUUCAGAAUCUGCUCAUCUUGA